UAGCCUGCCAAAACUUUCAUCACUGGUCACUAUCGCCGUGAGAAAGAAAGAAGGCGGAGAGAAAAAGGAACAACAGAAGCAGAGCAUUAGCAGCGGCAGCGGUGUUAGUUAUCACAUCGCCCGUAAUACCGAGAUCCCGGUCGGGAGAGAAAGAAGAAAAUCUCGUCGCGAAAGUUGCCGACGUCGCGUGGGACAUUGACGCGCGUGUUGCGAGAAGUAGACUUGCGCAUGUGUGCGCGUUGAUAUAUUCCGCGGAAGAGAACAGACGACAACGGAGAGGGAUCCGCGCCGGAGAGGAUUUUCGUUAUGUAUCGAUUUACCACGUAAAUACUCUCCCUCUCGCGGAAACGACGAAUGGAACGCGCGUAAUGAGAGUCUGCGACAUCGUAGCGGAACAGCGGAACAUGGUAGAUCUAUUGACAUAUGUAUUGCUUAAUAAGGAGACAUGAAUACCGAAGUGAUAGAAGUACUACGGCGGGCUGUCAGUCAAGAUCCCAAUGUUCUCAAGUCUGCGGAACAGAUACUGAAACAAUGGGAGACCCAGCAAGGAUUCUACAUAGCCUUAUAUGAAGUUCUCUCGAAUCAUUCCUUGGCUGUCGAAGUUAGAUGGAUGGCUAUAGUGUAUCUAAAGAUUGGCGUUGAAAGAUAUUGGAGGAAGAAUGCGCCAAAUGCGAUUGAGGACAAGGAGAAGGAUUUCCUGCGACAGCAUUUGCUAAGAAAUUUUGAAGAACCUGUAAAUCCAUUAGCUGUACAAUUAGCAAUCCUCAUUUCUAGGAUAGCAAGGUACGACUGUCCCAGAGAAUGGGGCGAGUUGGUACCCACUUUGCUGGAAGUCGUAAGAAGAGAGAAUCCUCUGGCGCAGCGCCAGGCGCUGCUGACUCUGCAUCACGUGGUGAAGGUAUUGGCGUCCAGACGUUUGGUCGAGGGUCAGAGAUAUUUCCGGGAAUUGACCGCGACAAUUUUCAAUUUCGUUUUAAAUCUAUGGAACACAUACACGGAAUCCUUUCUGAUUAUGGUGUCGAACGGGACGGACGCCAGUCAGAUACAGGAGUCUUUGGAGAAGGCGCUCUUGUUGUUGAGAAUGCUUAGACAAAUGAUCGAGAACGGUUUCUCCAAACCGUCGGAAUCCGACGACGCUAUGUUGUUUCUGAGAAUCAUCUUUGGACGCGCAAGAACCUGCCUCGAAUGCCGAAAAACGUUAGCCUCCAGAGGUGUGCAGAUGGAUGUGUGCAACAAGUUUAUAAUACAUUUGACCAAAGUUUUAUUAGGAGCGUUAGAGAAACAUCCGUUUUGCUACGUGGAGCUCAUACCGACUUCCCUGGAGUUCUCCGUUUUUUACUGUUUUACAGAGGCUGGCCAGGAAUUGGCGUUUGAGAGAUUUGUCAUUCAGUGUCUGAAUUUGAUAAAGAGCAUUUUACUGUCGACGCAUUAUAGAUCAACUAAAAUUAUCAGUGGGAAAAGGAACAUAUUGGAAGAGACGAAAGAUCCACUGGUAUUGAGGGCGUGCCAAUUGAGACAAGAAUUUUUUACACCGGAGAUUUUAACAGAAAUUUGUAGGAGGCUCGUAACGCAUUAUUUUCUCUUAACACCGGCGGAUCUUGAAUUGUGGGACACUCAACCGGAAAGUUUUGACGGUAUAUUUAUUUCAGCUGCUGAUGAUGGCGGAGAAUCGUGGAAAUAUAGUUUAAAGCCUUGCACAGAAUCUUUAUUUUUGGCCAUCUUCCAUCACUUCAGGGACGUUCUCUCCUCAGUCCUGGUUGAUAUGAUGCAACAGCAUCAUCAACCGGUCGAUCCUGAAAAUUUGCGAGCGAUUUUAGUAAAAGACGCGGUUUAUCGCGCGGUUGGUCUGGCCGCGUUCGAUCUGUAUGACGAGGUGAAUUUCGAUCAGUGGUUUUUAACGACCUUGAGAGAGGAAUUGAAGGUUCGGAGUAACAAUUACAGAAUUAUCAGAAGACGCGUGUGCUGGCUGAUCGGCCAAUGGACAAAUAUCAAAUUGAGCCCGGAAUUGAGACCGGAAUUGUACAAGCUGAUGAUCGAGGCGUUGGGUCCCGAGGAAGAUCUGGGCAUUCGUUUGGCGGCGAGUCACGCUCUGAGACAAGCCGUCGACGAUUUUCAAUUCAAUCCGGAGGAAUUCGCUUACUUCCUGGAACCGACAUUUUCGUUGCUGUUUGGGCUUCUGAAAGACGUCAACGAAUGCGACACCAAAAUGCACGUGUUGAGCGUUCUAUCUUUUAUCAUCGAGCGCGUGGGAAGUGGCAUUAAACCGUACAUCGGUGCGCUCAGCUCGUACCUACCCGAACUCUGGCAGCAGUCCGAAGUGCAUCAUCUGCUGAGAUGCGCCAUAGUGUCGACUCUGAUACAUCUGGAGAAGGCUUUGGGUUCUGAAAGCGUCGCUCUGGAACCGCUAGUUGUAGGUAUCGUAGCUCUGAGUUGCGACUUGAACGAAGAUGGCUACGUUUAUUUGUUAGAAGACGGUCUGGAAUUGUGGUUGGCUCUGUUGGAGAACGCGCCCGCUCCUACGCCCGCUAUAAUGGAUCUCUUCCGAAACAUGCCGGCAUUAUUGGAUCAAUCCACGGAGAACCUGCGUACGUGUUUGUAUAUAAUUCAAGCAUACGUGUUGUUGAGCCCGCAAGAUUUCUUCACUCAAAGAGGUUCAGUUGUGAUAGAAACCCUAAGAAGUCUUCUGUGUGAUCUACGGUCCGAAGGCAGAGUGAUGGCCCUGGGUCUCUUCGAAAGUUGUCUCAAAGUAUCACCGCAGCAGGGUGCGAUGUUGAUAAAACCUAGCUUGCCGAAGAUAUUCGAGAGCGUAAACAGUGACGAAGAGUCGCUGAUGGUCACGACCGUGAACCUUUCCAUUAUCGCUAGAGUUUUACUGGGUUCUCGGGAUAUUUUUGUACAGGUUAUCGGCGAUCUAGCUCAGAUUAUGAAUAUUGCUUGGGGAACCCAAACGAGGGAGGAGAUCGUGCUCGAAAGGUUGAUACAUGGAUGGGUUAAGAGAAUGCCGAACGUGACGCAAAUCGAACGGCGCAAAUUGCUAGCUCUCGCACUCUGCUCUCUUCUCGGGGCCAACAGUCCGCCCACGGUUCUCGAGUAUUUCCCGAGGAUAAUAUCGAACAUCGUUGAGACGCUCAACGAUGUCAUCGCGUAUGACGACAAAGACUAUCUUGUUGAUUCGUUAAUGAUUACCGAUCAACCGAGUCCGUCGCAGUACGAGGAUGUAGAUUACGAAACCGAACAUGCUCAACGGCAAAAGAAGCUUAUUUUCAGCGAUCCUGUGCACAGUAUAUCUCUGAAGGAUACGUUUCAAAAUCAGUUGAUCGCGUUCCGAAGUAUAGUGGGGGACAAUCAGUUCGAUCAGCUGAUGCUCACCCUUAGUCCCGAAAUUGAUGAGACACUCAAGGAGUACAUAUCGCUGUGAGAAAAAAAAUGGGAGCGAGAUCAAACUACAAUACAAGGAUUCCGACGCAAAAACUACGUAACGCAUAAGAAAAAAGAUGCUUUACAGCGAUUUAUUGUAAAACGGCACUAUUUUAUUGUAUUAUAAUACCAUGUUUCACUGUAUUAAUAAUGUUGAUAAUAAAAGAUCCUACUCUUCUCUCUCUCUCUCUC